AGCCCAGUAAGCGAUGAGAGUUAAGACCGAUUUGGGUUAUUGUAUAUCUGAAAAAACAGGAAUUUUUCGUAGGGCUUGUAUUCGCUCUUUCUCUCAACCUCGGAAAGAUAAUUUCAAUUCUCUCUUAUUUCAUCUUCUUCUGAAAACAUUUGCUUUUCAUCAAUGGCUACUCAAGGGCAAGUCAUCACUUGCAAAGCUGCGGUGGCUUAUGAACCGAACAAGCCGCUGGUCAUUGAGGAUAUCCAGGUGGCUCCGCCGCAAGCUGGUGAGGUUCGGAUCAAGAUUCUUUUCACUGCACUCUGCCACACUGAUGCCUACACUUGGAGCGGAAAGGAUCCUGAGGGUCUAUUCCCUUGCAUUCUUGGUCAUGAGGCUGCUGGGAUUGUAGAAAGUGUUGGUGAAGGUGUGACUGAAGUUCAACCUGGUGAUCAUGUCAUCCCUUGUUACCAGGCAGAGUGUAGAGAAUGCAAGUUCUGCAAAUCAGGAAAGACAAACCUAUGCGGCAAAGUUAGGACAGCCACUGGAGCUGGAGUCAUGAUGAAUGAUCGUAAGAGCCGUUUCUCAAUCAAUGGAAAACCAAUCUACCAUUUCAUGGGCACCUCAACAUUUAGUCAGUACACAGUUGUACAUGAUGUUAGUGUUGCAAAGAUUGAUCCACAAGCUCCUUUGGACAAAGUAUGCCUUCUUGGUUGUGGUGUACCAACUGGACUUGGAGCAGUUUGGAACACAGCAAAAGUUGAACCAGGGGCUAUUGUUGCUAUUUUUGGCCUUGGGACUGUUGGUCUUGUGGUAGCAGAGGGUGCAAAAUCAGCUGGUGCUUCAAGAAUAAUUGGCGUAGAUAUUGACAGCAAAAAGUUUGAUGUAGCAAAGAAAUUUGGAGUUACUGAAUUUGUGAACCCUAAGGACUAUGAUAAACCAAUUCAGCAGGUCCUUGUUGAUCUCACGGAUGGUGGCGUUGACUACAGUUUUGAGUGUAUUGGAAAUGUCUCUGUCAUGAGGGCCGCAUUGGAAUGCUGUCACAAGGGUUGGGGAACAUCAGUUAUCAUAGGUGUUGCAGCAUCAGGUCAGGAGAUAUCCACUCGACCUUUCCAAUUGGUGACCGGUCGAGUUUGGAAAGGGACUGCUUUUGGUGGUUUCAAGAGCCGUUCACAAGUGCCUUGGCUUGUGGACAAGUACAUGAAAAAGGAAAUCAAAAUUGAUGAGUACAUUACCCACAAUAUGACGAUCGGAGAGAUUAACAAGGCAUUUGAUCUGAUGCAUGAAGGGGGUUGCCUCCGAUGUGUGCUUAAGACGCAUGAAUGACACUGUAUGCGCGAAUGAAAGGGGUGAUCUGUGAAGAACUCCAUGUCCAUCCUCUGGAAGGGCAUGUACUUUAUUACCAUCAUAUAAGUAGAAACUUGAAUGUGCUGGAAUAAACUGCUUUCUAAAGCCUAGUUUUUCAGCCUUGUGAAAUGUUUGCUUUACAAUAAUAAAAGAGAACCCGCAAUGAAGGUAUAUGUAUGAAUAAAAUAAUUGAGCUCUUAAUCAUCUGCAUUAUGGUGUUGAUGAGUUUCAAA